AUGUUAUGUAUGUAUUUAUUCUGGGAAAAUUGUUAUGAAUUUUGAAUGGCGAUUUCUUAAUGUCUUUUUUAGUCAUUUCGUGCUUCAGGUAGAAUAAUAUGGUCUGCUUUAGGGGUUUAACAAUAAAAAGGGUUAUGGAUUGCCUUUUAUAGUACUUUUGGUGGUUUAUAUAGAGGUAUGGGGAGGUAAAGGGAGAAGGAGGGUCAUUUUUUGUUUUGGAAAAAAAAGUUCUCGCUAUUUCUUGUCUUGCAAAAAAAGUUCUUGCGUUUUUUAAAUUUUUUGUAUUUUUUGGAAAAAACUUUCUUCUUCAAGCUUAAAAUGGCAUUCUUAUUCAUUUUUUGAAGUUUCAGCUCUAAAAACUACCGGUAAUGCUAUCCUUUAUAACCCCUAAAAUAAAAAAGUGUAAAAACUUACUUUCCACUACCCUAAAAACCCGAUAAGUUUUAUUUCCACUCAGUGUUCCUCGAACUUUUUAUAAUAAAGCGCACCGUUGCUUGACUUGCCAGAUCGGACGUGAACGCGCUUUCGCACUGUGCAAAAGAGACAAAUGGCACUGCACAGUGCAGAAAUUAGGCUUUUGGCAAUAACUUUGUUUACUAUGAUAAGGAAUGGCUUUUUUGGGAGAAUUGUUUUUUUGGAAAGAACUUUCUUUACAAACUAAUGUAUGACAAAGUUUGUGUAACACGCUGGUAACGGGUGUUUGGUAUGUCUCUUCAUGGCUAUUUGAUUGCUGAGGCGAAACGAUAGGGAAAUUGAGAGGUCUGUUUGCACAAUUAUGAAUCAAGGACAAGUUAAAUAAAAGCGGUUUUUUCACGAUUUUUAUUAUUAUAGAAGCGUGAUAUCAUCGUAGCGAGAGUAUUAAGUUUCCUCGUAUUUACUGUGUUAUAGCGCGUACAUAUUUGUGGGUAUUGACAUUUUUUUGUUUGUAAACAACGUUUUUGCCAUUUUUUGUUUUGUAAAGAAAUUUCUUGCCAUUUCUUGUUUUGUAAAGAAAGUUUUUGUCAUUUUUUUCACUUUACAAACAUUUUUCUGUCAUUUCAUACUUUGUAAACAAAGUUAUUGCGGUUCUUAUAAAAAAACCUGAAAACCUGUCGAUUUUUAAAAAAUUUUGUAAAGAAGGUUUCUUCCGAAACUCAAAAAUCUUCAAAAACGUCUUUUUCUAUCAUUGUAAACAAAGUUAUUGCCAAAAAAUUAAUUUCUGCACCGUGCAGCGGGAUUUGUCUUCUUUGCACAGUGCAAAAGCGCGGUCCCGUCCGAUCUGGCAAGUUAAGCAACGGUGCACUUGAUUAUAAAAGGUUCGAGGAACACUGGAUGGAAACAAAGUUUUUGGGGGUUUUAGGGUACUGGAAAGAAAGUUUUUGCAAUUUUUUAUUUUGGGUUUGUAUAUAAUGGCAUUUUGGUAUGCUUUUAGAAAAGAAAAGUUGAAUUUUCGUCAUUUUUUGGCUUUCUUUAUCUUGUAAACAAAGUUUUUGCAAAAAUUAUUUGAACUUUUGGUGGAAGUGCAUCUGGUUUUGACUUUUUUAAUUUCGGUUUAAUAGAAUAGGUUAUUUUUUUAUUUUUGAUAGAUUUUUUUCUUUUUUUUUUGAGCUAUUUCGUAGUUUACUAUCAUAUAAUAAGUAUUAUCGAUCGUUACUUAUCGUAUUUUAUAUUUUUUCUAUUUUAACUUUAUACUUUAGAUCUCAAACUGUUGAUAACCAGAAUUCACCGUGAAGACCUACAAGAUUCCAGAUGAUGAGACGGUGGGUGGAGCGGUGGUAGCUCCGCCCAUCCGCUUUGAUCGCCAGUACUUUUUGGGCAUUGCUUCUCAUUUAAAAGUGUGCCAAAUUGUAAAUUAAUCUUAUCUUUUGUUAUCAGAAGUUUAGAAAAAAGUUUCAAAAAUAGAUCGAAAUUGGCUUAUACAACAGAAAUGGCAAUAAUUAGGCUUGAAAAUCAUGUUUAGGCUUAAGAAUUGAAUUUUAGUCUUAAAUACUAUAUUAGGCUUAAAAAUCAAAUUGUGGGCUUAAGAGUUGAAUUUCAGACUUUAAUACCAUUUUUAGGCUUAAAAUUGAAUUUUAAGCUUAAAAAUUAGCUUUAGGCUUAAAAUUAGUUUUAAGCUUAAAAAUUGAAUUUUAGGCUUAUAAAUCAAAUUGUAGAGUUAAAAAUUGAAUUUUAGGCUUAAAAAUUAGUUUUAAGCUUAAAAAUUGAACUUUAGGCUUAAAAAUUAGUUUUAGGCUUAAAAAUUGAAUUUUAGGCUUAAAAAUUAGUUUUAGGCUCAAAAAUUUUAUUUUAAGCGCAAAAAUUAAAAUUUAGGCUAAAAAAUGAUUUAUAGGCUUAAAAAUUAAAUUUUAGGCUUAAAACAGAAUUAUGGGCUUAAAAAUUGAAUUUUACUUUACAAACAUACAAACUUUCAAAACCCAAGUUUUCAGUUACUAAACCUUCUCUCCUUAUCAGUAAUCUUUGCUUGUUAUCCAAACUCCUUCAACGAAUCAUGUUUAUGGAGGUUAUAUUCAUCAAACCAACUGUUCAUCAUCGUCUGUGUGAACGGCUUCUUUUUCGUAUUAACGACGUUACUUUGGUUGGCUAAUGCGUUCAGCUUUCCGGAUGCUUAUUAUCAAUUUAACUUUCAUAUUCUGGUAAGUUGUUUAAUGACAAAAAUUUUAUUUAUUUCGUCUUUAAUCUAAAUUUAAAGUGUUAGAGUUGGCAGGCUGCUCCCGAUAUUGGAGGCGAAUCUGCAGGCUGCGGGUGACAAGUUAUACGGUGAAAGGUGUUUUUGGAAAUUUUAAGCUUUAGAAAGGCCAUUUUUCUUAUUUUACACAAGAAAAAUAAUUGACGAUUUGCGCCCUAGCUUAAAAGCGCGUUUUGCAGACUGCGGUUGGAAGUUAUACGAUGAAACGUAUCUUUGGAAACCCUAAGCCUAAAAACGUCAUUUUUUAAUAUUUUUUUACAAACAAUUUUAUUUUAUUUCAUUUUGCAAAAAAAAUUAAUUAGCAAGCUCCGCCCAAGCUUAAAAGCAUGUUUUGCAGCCUGCGGUUGCCAAGUUAUACGAUGAAACCUGUCCCAAAUUUAAAAAUAAAAAAGUUUUAAAAUAGUGAAAAAUAACUUAAAAAUGUAUUUCAGGAACGACUACACGCUUUAUUCGCAAUGGCAAUGUAUGUUUUGGCAAUUGGAAUACUAGUCUGUACCAAUACUAGUCAUCACUUUUCGACCGUUUGGCUCAUUGAUUUGGUAGGUGCUUUACGCUUGUAAAGAAAGUUUUUGCCAUUUUUCGUUUUGUGAAGAAAUUGUUUGUCAUUUUUUGUUUUGUAAAGAAAGUUUUUGCCAUUUUUUGUUUUGUAAAGAAAGUUUUUGCCAUUUUUUGUUUUGUAAAGAAAGUUUUUGCCAUUUUUUGUUUUGUAAAGAAAGUUUUUUUCGAUUUUUUGAUUUUAAGUUCUUGCUUUUAUAAUUUUUUAUUUGUAAUUCGCGCGUACAUUAGUUGAACCAACUUGUGUACGCGCGAAUAAUUCGGCCGUACACAAGUUUUCGUCAAUAUUGAUUUGUAAAGAAAGUUCCUGUUAUUUCUAAUAAAUUUUCAUUUUCAGGCUGCUUUAUUUACCACAUUACUAGUCUACGCACUGGACUACUGGCGUCGGCGGAAAGACGACGGUAUUCCAAGGCAACAACAGGCUUCUCGACGGCGUAUUUUAGCCUAA